UUUAUUUAUUUUUUUGUUUAUAGAAAAUGGAAUAAUCAAAUCAGACAAGGUAUUUGAAGUAAUGCUGGCUACAGACCGCUGCCAUUAUGCAAAAUACAACCCUUACAUGGAUUCUCCACAGUCUAUAGGUUUCCAAGCAACAAUCAGUGCUCCACAUAUGCAUGCCUAUGCUCUUGAACUUCUGUCGGAUCAGUUACAUGAAGGAGCCAAAGCACUUGAUGUAGGAUCUGGAAGUGGAAUCCUUACAGCAUGCUUUUCACGAAUGGUUGGUCCCAAAGGACAAGUUGUAGGAAUUGAUCAUAUCAAAGAACUAGUAGAUGACUCAAUAAAUAAUGUCAAAAAAGAUGAUCCCACAUUGCUGUCUUCAGGAAGAGUGAAACUGAUUGUGGGAGAUGGACGCAUGGGAUAUGCAGAAGAAGCUCCCUAUGAUGCAAUUCAUGUAGGAGCUGCAGCACCAGUUGUGCCCCAAGCACUUAUAGACCAGUUAAAACCUGGCGGAAGAUUGAUAUUACCAGUUGGCCCUGCUGGGGGAAACCAGAUGCUCGAACAGUAUGACAAACUAGAAGAUGGCAGUGUCAAAAUGAAGCCUCUGAUGGGAGUGAUAUAUGUGCCUUUAACAGAUAAAGAGAAGCAGUGGUCCAGGUGGAAGUGAUUUUCUGUUCCACUUACUUCUUCCACACACAUGCAAGGGAUGAAUUGUAAAAGCUACAUCAUCUUGACCCAAACAUAGUGUUACAGUGGACUGCUCAUCUCCAGUUCUAAAAGCUUUUUGAAAACCAACAGCAUUGCAGCUUGUUUUGGACUUCGUUAUACUGUUGUUAUCAGCAUGGAAAAGCGUGGUGUUUGUUUCAUUUUUUUAGAUGCUCAAGGCAAACCUGAUAAAGAAAUGGUGGAAAGUUUUAUGUGGGCACUGUUUUAUUUAACAUGCCUUUAUUUCACUUUCAUCUGUUCAAAGUGGAUUUCUGCAAAACUGCAGAGAAAGACCUAUAGCUUGUGAACUCUAAUUUUGAUGGGGGUACUUGAACACUCACUUCUCUCGGCUCCUGUGUCCCUUGGUAAAACUGCUUCUGUGCACCUUACAACACUACGUAGGUAAUACCAGGUUUUCUGUGUUCUGAUGUCUGCUAGAUGCUACUAAAAGGAGAUGAACUUCCUUUUUAAGCUUUUGACAUGGUGUCAUAGACUAGCAUGUAGUAGAUACAAUCAGCUGCUUUUUUACCUUAAAACCAGGCAUUUGUAUAUAUUAAACUUCAAGACAUCAGAGGUGGGUGGCCACUCUUAUCAAACACUGCUGUUCAAGUUGGACAUAACAGACAUGGUUUUCCCUUCUAAAAUUAAUUAAUGGAAUGUUGAAAUUCUGUUUUGGUUUACAACUCACUACUGGUAUGAUAAGCAUAUAUUUAACUCCAUAAAUAUGAUAUAAGCUGUGUCCUAAUCACUGAAUAGUUUAUGCAAUGCUGCUUUGCCAACUGACGUUAAAAGCAAAAGGGUGGUUGUGUGCUUGUGUGGAAGAUUAGGAUCAGUAUGUAGUAGACUACUGAGAUAUGGAUUGCUUUUUGUUCUUUAUUAAAAACCAAAAUGCCGUUUGGUUCUAAAAGGUGCUUUUGGCAAAGCCAUUUGCUGUAUUAACAUUCUCAUUUUUCUAACUGUGGGCACCCAGGAAAAAUUCUGGCUUUUUAGAAAGUGAAUUCUAAAUUGUUAUACAAGGAAAACAUCGUACAUGCGGAAAUAAUCAUGGACUCCUUAAUACAGGUAGAUGCACUUGUUCAGUUUUCAUAUAGAAUUGUUGGAAGGCUAUAAACCUUUUUUUUUCUGUCCUAAGUUUUCUGUUUUGUAAAAUCUGUUUUGUAAAAUGCCAACAGCAAAUUGUGAAGCAGUACAGUAAGGUGGGCUGAUUUGGGAAAGAGGGAAAGCGUGUCUUCAGUCAUCUUGCUCAGAUUUCGGCAACCAAAAAUUAAAGUAAAUAGCAUGUUAUCAUUUUUUUUGUUUUAUUUUUUUAUAGUGGAAAUGUUAAAGAAUAAAAUAACUUGCAUAAAAGCAACCCGUAGUGAUUAAUGAAAAAGAACACCUUUUCAUGGUGGAAGAGCAAUAAUUUUGUGCUGGGAUUAAUCCCUGGAAACACAAAGGUUAAAAUUCAAAGGACUCUGAAUAUGAAAAAGGAACAUUUUAAAUAACCUUCCUUUUGAGGGUCAGCCCCAUCCUAUUCCUCUGUAAAAGAUAUAUAUGACAUAAUUUAUUUAGAUGUUUGGAAGUUAGAGUACCACCUCCUGAUCUGACUGCAGCCUGGGAGCACAUACACAAGAUUAAUCUUAAAAAGAAAUUAACAUAGCGUGUAUUCUAGAAAAUACAAUCCAGAAAAACCCACUUGCGUCUGACAAAUUUGUACUAACCCACAAUCAACUGUGAAUCUAGUUCUUGGUGUUGAAGUGAAAUAUCUUAACUGAUGCAUGCUAACGUUCAACCUUCUGGUCACUGUAUCUUUCAGUUUGAGUUCAGCUUUAUUUACAUCUUCUCACUAAUUUAAUCAGUUAAAUGAAAGAUAUGAGCUCAAAUGUAUCCAAACUCCUGUCUCUGGACACAGUGUAAUAAGCUAGCCUGACUUGGAAGUGGUGUUAAAACUGAGACCCAGUGACAGCUUUUUUGAGGAGAACCACUUCAAGAGGUGUAAGGCUUCAGGGACCAAGGCUGUUGGGAGUAGUGCACCCAUUCCACUGAGGAUUUAUAUCAAGGGAUGUAUCAAGGUACUCGGACAGAAAGGAGUAUCCAGGAGUAGCAUUUAGGAAUUGGAAAAUGGAAACUCCUCCAUGAUGGAGCAAUGGUUCUGAAGUAAAAACUUGGAGACGAGGACAAGUUGAAAUGCAGAAGAUUUGAAGAGCUUGAAUAAGUGCUGUGUGAACUGUCUGAAUUGCUACUUUGCCAAAUAAAACAAAUUGAGAGGAAGCUGU